AUGUCUUUGCGUAAAGUCUUUCCGACCAUAUACACGCUGCCGGACACGGCGCCAGCUCAGUCGAGGAAUGUCACGCUCUAUUUGCUGCGCGUCAUUUUCCUAAUGGGCAUAAGGACGCCGCCUAAAGGAUACCUUUUUUUCGUCUACAUCCUGUGGUCUUUUGUGCUCAAUCUGUGCUCCACUUUCUAUCAGCCCAUCGGCUUUAUGACGGGCCUCAUCUCCCAUCUCGCGGAGAUGUCGCCUGGUGAGUUUCUCACCUCGCUGCAGGUGGCCGUCAACGCCGUUAGCUGUUCCAUCAAGGUGAUUAUUGUCUGGGCACUGGUCAAGCGCUUCGAUCAGGCCAACCGCAUCUUGGACGAGAUGGACAAGCACGUACUGCAGCCCAGCGAGCGCAGCAAGGUGCAUCGCGCGGUGUCUAUCAGCAAUCGCAUCUUCCUCAGCUACAUGACCGUCUACAUGUUCUGUGUGACGUGCCUUUUCCUGAGCGGCCUGGUCAUGGGCGUGCCCAUGUUCCAGAACUAUUAUCCCGGCCUGAACUGGCGUGCCGGACGGCUUGAGUUCUGGGUUCAAUCAUUGCUGGAGUACCUUUCCUUGUUGGGCGCUUCCGUUCAGAAUGUCUGCAUGGAUUGUUAUCCCAUUAACUAUGUGCUCAUAUUGCGUGCCCAUCUGGCCAACUUUAAGGAGAGGCUGCGGAAACUCGGCAAGGAUGCGGAUGAGACACCGGAGGAGCGCUACGAGAAGCUCGUCGAGUGCAUUCAGGCCCACAAGGUUAUGCUACGCUGCUGCGAUACUCUGCGUCCCGUGAUCUCGGGCACAAUCUUUGUCCAGCUUCUGGUUGUGGGUCUCGUGCUGGGCUUCACUCUUAUCAAUAUUGUGCUUUUUGCCAACUUCGGGUCCCGCAUUGCGGCUCUCACUUUCUUGACAGCUGUGCUACUGGAGACAACGCCCUUUUGCAUACUCUGUAACUAUUUGGCGGACGACUGCCUAAAGCUGGCGGAUGCUCUGUUCGAGUCGAAUUGGAUCUACCAGGAUCAGCGCUACAAGAAAGCCUUGCUUCAGUUCUUGCAGAGGCUGCAGAAGCCAAUUGUUUUCAUGGCCGGCAAUAUUUUCAGCAUUUCCGUCGCCACCAAUCUGACUGCUACCAAAUUUUCCUUCUCCGUUUUUACGCUGGUUAAACAAAUGAAUAUUGCUGAGAGAUUCGCCAGGCCAAAAGAAGUCGAAUAA